GGAGGCAGAAGGCAUCUAGGAGCGCUCCGGACCGCAUGACGGGGACCAGCGGCUCCCGGGAAAAACAACAAUGACCGAAAAGUCCUAAAUAAAUGGUUCAAAAUGAAGUCCAGCCAGCGGUGGCUUCUGUUUCUAUUGUUUCUACCUCUAUCAGGUGUUUUAUGCUUUAGUGAGCUGUCCUUUAUCACGGAGCCCAGUGAUGUUACAGCUCUACCAAAGGAUCCGGUGACGUUGGACUGUCAGGCUCAUGGCCAGCCGCCAGUCACCAUCAAAUGGCUCAAAAAUGGACUUAAGCUGGCAGAGAGCGAACAUUUCAAGUUUCUGCCCAACGGCUCCUUGUACAUACCAAAGAUAAAGCACACCAAGGAGGAUUCAGAUGAAGGAUUUUACCAGUGCCUCUCCCAAAACAAAUAUGGAGCUAUCCUAAGCCAAAGAUCACGCCUGACUAUCGCACGAAUAACAGAGUUUGAGUCUCAUCCCGUUUCCAUGGUGAUGUCUGAAGGUUCUGUGGCGCGGUUCUCCUGUGCCGUCACUUCAAGCCCUCCGGCCACCAUCACCUGGGAGUUUAACCAAAGCACGCUGCCUCUACAGACAGACAGGAUAACGGUUUUGCCGAAUGGAGUUCUUCAGAUCCACAACAUCCAGCUGGAGGACGCCGGAAAGUAUCGAUGUGUCGCUACCAACAUCGGCAGCCUUUUAAAGAGUCGAGAGGCCACACUGACUGUUCACAAAGUUAUACCUUUUUACUGGUGUGUUUCUGUCUCAGUGCCACCAACCAUCGUAGAGAGGCCUGAGAGCCAGACGCGUCCGCGAGCAGGCACCGCCCGCUUUAUGUGCCAAGCAGAGGGGGUGCCACCGCCGCGUAUUCGCUGGCUAAAGAACGGUGAAGACGUUCACCUGAAUGGGAGAAUAAAGAUGUACAACGGUAAACUGGUGAUCACCCAGAUCAUCCCAGAAGAUGAUGCCAUCUAUCAGUGCAUGGCGGAGAAUGAACAGGGGUCCGUGCUGUCCUUGGCCCGCCUUAUCGUCGUCAUGUCUGAGGACAGGCCCAGUGCGCCGAGGAACAUCCACGCAGAAACCAUCUCCAGCUCUGCCAUUUUACUGGCCUGGGAAAGACCGCUGUACAACGCAGACAAAGUGAUAGCCUACUCCAUCCAUUACAUGAAGGCUGAAGGUGAGACUGAGAUGAAGUUGGUCCUGGAAAGAGAGCAGUUAAAGAUGCACAAUCAGGUCUGUCUCCUCUUAGUGCCUCCAGCUCCUGUUUUACAGCUUGAAGCCCUUAACUGCACCUCUCUGAGGGCCCGCUGGCAGACCCCCCCAGACUCUGUGGCUGUGCUGGGUUUCCGGCUGUGCUACCAUGAGGAAGGCCAACCAGAGCAGCCAAGCAUCCUGCUGCAGGCCCACACCUACGCCUACACCAUCGGAGGCCUUGAUCCAAGGAGAAAAUACCAUGUGAAGAUUCUGGCGAUCAGCAAAGUUGGCGAUGGUUAUCAGACAGACCAAACCCUCAGCACUCCAGGAUGUGUGUCGGCCAGAGACCAGCUGGCGGUGGCUCCUCCCCCUCCGCAUCAGGUCACCGUCUUAAUCAGCAAUUCCUCUGCCGUGUCCCUUCGUUGGAGCCGCCCUGCUUUUUCCUCUGGAAAGCCAGUGAGCUACACGGUCCGCUGUACACCUGUGGGCACGCACAACGUCUCCGCUAUACGCUACAUACAAACCACCAAGCAGAGUGUUAUGGUUCGAGAUCUGCAUCCAAACACUCAGUAUGAGUUUGUUGUUCGUCUCCAUGUGGACGAGAUGUCCAGCUCAUGGAGUUCUGUGGUUUAUCAUCAGACUGCACCAGCAGCGCCUAGCCACCCACCAGCAGGAGUUCGAGUGACUCUGAUUGAGGAUGACACAGCUCUGGUGUCCUGGAGGGAGCCCAGCGAGCCUCAUUUGGUGGUUACACACUACACCAUACUGUACGCCUCACAGCAAGCCUGGAUGGCCGGACACUGGCAGCGGAUCCAGAGAGAAGGCACUCAUACAAUGGCCUUAUUGGAGAAGCUGGAGCCAGGGAAGGUCUACCUGCUGAAGAUCUGUGCCUCCAACAAAGUAGGCGAUGGACCUUUCUCUAACACCGUGGAGCUGGCGCCGAGGCGUGGACAUCGCAGCAAGAAUCCCAGGCACUCCGACAGCUUUCCAGACUCCAAAGUGUUCUCUGAUGGCCUCUACCACCUCGAUCAGAGCUCUAUGACGGGGAUAAUGGUCGGCGUGAGCAUUGCCUUAACCUGCAUCGCCAUGUGUGCCUUAAUCCUCAUCAGUAAAGGCAGACCAAGAAAAUCUGCUAGUCCCAAAAUGGUUGCUGUCCGUGGUUCUGGAGGGCCUCAUCCGGGCAUGGCGCUGCCCGGCAGUUACCAUCUGGAGAACGUUGAGGCCCUUUUACCGAUGAUCAGUAGUCGCUUUAUUGAUCCAAAGGGUGGAUCUGAUCUCAUCAUGAAUAGUUCAGGUAGCAGCCAGGUUCAAAGCAACAAGUGGCUGAUUUUCCAGAAAGAGAUGAACGAUUCAGCCGCCAGUGAGGCUGAGACAAGAGUCUGUUUGUAUGAGAAAGGCAGAACUGUGUUGAGGUAUGAUGAGCGCCUAGGCUCAGCCCCACUCGCCCCGUCGUCUCGCGAGAUCAUCUACGGUCCGCUUCACUCGGAGAGCUCCCAGAGCAGUGAAGGCAGCCAGGAAACCGGAGACUCUGGUCACUUCUCCAACGAGGAGAGCAACGAAGAAUUCAGCAACUCCUCUACCUGCCAAACUUCAGGAAGUUUGGAGUCCGAUGAUGGUCCAAAUCUUAAGCAGUCUGUUAAAUUGGAACCAGCGGCGGCGUCCUUCCAUCCUACCGAAGGGUCCUGGCUUAGCAGCACCUCCUGACCCUCUCACACCUGCUUCUGCACCCCACCGCUUCUACCUUCUUCCAAAAAAGUUAAUCAAUCCACUGGAGUUUGUUUCUAAAUUUGAAGUUGUUUUGCUUCCCAUCCAGGAAGAUUUUUCAAUUCAAAAUCUCAGAAAUAGGCUUUAUAUCAGAGGUCUUCAACA